UCUACAUAACGCUUGGAGACCUAAACGUAAAAGAUGAGUUCGAAACCUCAUCUCAAACGUUCCAGUUUUAGUGACAGUAGCCUUAGCAAUGAUAUGAAGAUUUGGAGGAGAAAUAAAAUGGAGGACCGGAAGUUAGCAAUACAGAACGACAUGGUGGACAAACAUAAAGCUGUCAGGCGGAAGAGUUACCAUUACGCCCAGGCGUCCGUACAUAAAGACUUUGAUGAUAAGUUUUCAAAAAAGACACCGUCUGCUGAUGAAUACCUGGAAAAGUCUCAGGCAAAGUAUGCAACUUGGAAGGAGCGUGAACGAGAAAGGUUAGACCGUAAAUAUCGAAGCCUACAUAAGUCUUACAUGAACGAAUAUAACAAACUUGGAAUUAAAAAUUACACAUCUGAUCAUGGUAAACAGCAUUCAAAGCCAGGAACUCCUGCUAAUUCCGAAAGCGUUACAGAUGCUGUCUCCUUUGAAAACGACGAACAAAUGACCGAAGAAGAAGCACUAUUAGCAUUAGGAAAGCUAAAUUUAGAUAUAACUCGACGGAGAUUUUCAGACGUGACUGGACAUAGUAAACAUUCGUUAAGCAAACGACGCGGUUCGACCGGAUCUAUAAAUCUUGCAGAGUUCACAAAGUUACGGUCAUUACAUCUUGCCUUAACAGCUGUUGAAGAAGAUGAACAGAAAUCAGACGGAAGUGACGUAAACGACGAACCGGAAGCAAACGACAACGUGCAUGAAUUAAAUGAUAUAACAACAAGACGAAAAUCAGUAACGAUCAAAGAGGAACCAAUUGAAGAUAUUGAGGUUGAAGAUUUAAUUGUUAGGCCUAAAAGACGGGCAUCUAUUGCCACGAUCCCGAAACUUCCGGUCAAGGAGAGUCCUAUUCCGCAAGGAAAACGGUUUGACAGGAGACCUACUUUACCAAACAUUGCAAUUGCUUUCAAUUAUGGAAAUUAGAGCAAAGACAGAUUAAAAUCAUUUAUGAGUUGUCAAUAUUCUGUAUCUAUAUAUAUUGUAUUGUUAAGAAGUCUUAAACAAUACAAUGAAAUCAUUUUUUUUUUAUUUUGAAUAAAUGUGUGGGGAUGAUAUUCAAUUAGAAUUAUAAUGUCAUAACGGUGUAACACAUAAGUUCUAUCCUUACACAACAUUAAACUAACCUUUCAACUAUAAACUCUAAAGUAGUAAUUUAAAUUCGUGUAGCUACCUGUUUCUAGAGUCUAGAUUUAGCAGCCCAAAGAAUCAGUAGUCACAAGUAUCAGAAUGAUACGUAGACACAAUGACGAAAACGUGAAACAAUUAUUAGUCUCUUUGCCAUCGUAUUAUUUUUCGUCAUCGUACUUAAAGUCACAUUAUGCCUCAGAAACAAAGUGGCUGGAUUUUAACUUCUUUAGAUAACUUCUUUAUAAAUAAUAGUUUUAGAGAAUAUAAGAUUCUUGUUACCUGUCGAAGAAAGUAGCGAUAAAUAUGAAAUAACUUGUCACAAAAGUAGCAAAAUGUAAAUCAAGUAGUAUUUUUACUUUCAUACAAAAUACUAUAAGUGUAUAUACUUAUUGACAAAACGCAAGAGAUUCAGGUAAUUAGCCAAUGAGUAACUUUUUGGAUACUAUAAAAGUACACCAAAAAUUAAAAAAGCUUUUGAGAAAUAAAAAUAAAAGCAAUUCUUAGGCAUAAUUGACCUUUAAGUGGUUUCGAGUUUUCGUCUUAAAAAGUUUGUACUUUCGAGAUUUCGUCCUCAAGAAAUUUGCGUUUUCGUUUUUUUUUACUUCGUGUUCAUUCAUUAUAAUUAUUAUUAUUACUGGUCCCGCUGAACUUCAUUCUUCUCGUGCGAAUGAAGUAUAUACAUUUUGAGUACGUCUUUAUUACGGAGGAUAUCCAUCCAUAUGGAAAGUCCUUAAAGAAUAGGAAAGACUCAAACUGACAGUGAAUUUGUAUCAACAUUUUACUUUUUUCUAUGGAAGUAAACCGUAAUUGCCAUGAUCUUCUUAAAAAGAUCUUGAUGCGAUAAACGUUAAUUUCGUUUUCACUUUCAGCAAAAUUAUUGAUCUGGAUUUAUAUACAUUUGUACGUUUAUGAUAUCUUUUUGCAGUAAAUAAUUUUUCAAACAUUUUUAAAGGGACUCCAAGCUCCAAGUGCAGUCUCUCAGCCCGAAU